AUGAAAACGGCUCCACACUACCCCUCUCCCUUCGUGGCCCAAUGGCUCGCAGAUUGCAAUGAGCUGAUAACAGACACAGAAGUGUUGGCGUCCCCAAAUGCCCUCAAGGGCCUCACACAGUGCCACUCACACAUAGAGGCCCACAAGAAGCUGGUAUACAGGUGGUAUUUAACGCCCCACAGACUCCACGCAAAGUCGGCGAAAUGCAUAUUGGCACUCACCGCACUAGCAGUACGAAACCUUAUAGCAAACCAAUGGAAACAGCCACAUCAUCCCUCCAAAACCCACCUAUUAACCAAAAUCCACCAAUACCACACGUAUGAGAGUAUGAUACCCAAAACUGCUUUACAAAGAAAGUUCUUCCAGGAGUCCUGGUCACCAUGGGCAGACUAUUGGGAUAUGGUAAACACGAUUUAA